AAGGCCAAUAGAAUACAACGACAGACAAGGGAUGCAGAUCGUGAAGAUGGCGGCCCCCAUGGUCAUCACACGAGUUAUACAACUCGUGUCGAAAAACUCACUGCUAAACGCAAGGGAAAGGCUAACAAGGCUUUGCAGCUGUGCAGUCCAGCGCCGAACCUAUUACGAGUAUGACACCGAGUAUGACACCGACAUCCCCAAGGACCUCGAAGACAUUGUCAACAAGUGGAGCCGAGUGAAGAACACCCUUGGGCCAAGCCCUCUGAAAGAUGAACCCUGGCCCCACGGAGAGUGGGAACCUGGCAGGUCCAAGAGGUGUGGCUUGGUGGCAGUCAAGCUUGGAAUGAUGCCAGUGUGGACCAAAUCUGGGCAGCGCCUUACAACUACUGUAUUACAGGUGUUAGAGAACAGUGUGGUCAAAUACACACCCCCUGAAGAAAACACGCUCAACCCAAAGUACGGGUGUCUUCUUGUUGGUGCCAGAAAUGCAGACCCCUUCAAGAAGUCCCUGCUGUAUUCUGAGCAGUUCAAGGAAGCCGGGUUACCAGUGAAAGACAAGCUCACUUCCUUCAAAGUGUCUUCCAAUGCCAAGAUUCAACCGGGUACACCACUGCAUGCUGCGCAUUUCAGACCAGGCAUGUAUGUGGACUGCUGUGGUAGAACCAUUGACAAAGGUUUCCAGGGUGUAAUGAAACGUUGGGGAAUGAAGGGCCAACCAGCCAGCCAUGGAGUCACAAAGACACAUCGAAAGAUGGGUGCAACAGGGGGUGGAGGGACUCCUGGAAGGAUUUGGCCCGGCAAGAAGAUGCCCGGCCACAUGGGCAACAAAAUGCGCUGGACUUUAGGACUUAAGGUUUUACGAGUCAACAUGAAACACAACAUCCUCUACGUUGGCGGCAGCGUAGCUGGGCACAAGUUCGGCUACAUCAAGGUCAUAGAUAGCAUACUGCCCAAGAAUAGAGACCCAGAGGUCCCACCUCCAUUUCCAACCUACUACGAAGAUGAGGAGCUCGAAGAGAACUUGUUGGAUGAGGAACUGUUCGAUUUCAAUGAUCCCAGUAUCGCCUACCCAGAGGAGGCAGAAAGCUGAGGGUGCAGAGUGGGAUUCAUGUGAGCUUUAAUAGACCACACUACCGUGUAAAAAAGAUUUGACAUUUUGCAUCAUGGUGAUGUGAAGCUCAUGAAUGUAGAUUUACCUGAAACCUUCAUGACGUUGCUUUACUUGAAGUGCAUGCUGUUGAGUGCUUUACAAGGUUGCUCCUACUUUGUUUUCUAUUGGAUGGUGGUUUCAAGAAAGGCUCCAAAAGAACUGAUAAUGCUAUAAGUACAUGUGUACUGUAGACAAAUCUUCAAAGGCACAUAAUACCCUUGAAGUCAAACCAUGGAUCCCUUUUCAAGGUUCUCUCUUUAUCUGCCCAAAUCAAACACUACUUUAUACAGUUAAGCCUGGUUUCUAUAUGGUCCUUUGUAAUGUAGACGGUCCACAAGACGUGAAAAUGCUGACAUGAAUGGAAGAGACGGUGCAUGACGUCAAUCCACCCAACAGUUGAAACAAAAUGGCGUGAUUAUUUGUGGAAAAUACCAUUUUAGAUUGACUGUACCACCUUAUGAUGCCAAACCUGUACUCCAGUUUCAUGCAUUUCAUUGAUGGUCAGCAAUUUAGUUGAUCGAAGGGUGUAAUAUUUAAGCAUUAAGGAGAAAAGGAGCUAAAUUCGUGAAACUAAGCGAAAGGGACAUCGGUUCAUGCUGGGCAUGUCAGCAUGCAUGUUUGUACGGGGAUACCACGGCUACUGGACACAGACAGUUGGCAAAGUUGAACCUGGCUCAACUUUGCUGAUCGUUCACGGGUUGGUUUGUGUUUGUCUGCAUUGCCGGUGACGUUUUCAUUUUGCAUGUUUCCAUAUGUGCGCGUUGCAGUUUGCAUCGUGAUUGCCUUGCGUUCUGCAUUUCUUACGUCGAUAUGGCAACCAGGCUUAAUACAAUGGGAUGUCCGUUGCACAUUAGAAAUGUUCUUAAGGCCAUACAUUGACAUGUAUGUGUCUUGGCUAAUAACACCGUAAAUUCCAACAAAACUUUUUUAAUGGUACUUAAUGUACAUUUCUUCCUGUUUUAAUGUCUCAUUUCCUACGUCUGUGGCUAUGGCUUUCAUAAUGCAGGUCAAUUUGGAGCUCUGGAAUGUUUGAACGGAAUUGACAUAGUAGUAUCCAGACCAAAAUGAACGCCUGAAUAUAUCUGACACAUCAACACGGUUUUCAUUCCACUAAAAAUUUAUUACAUGAUUUGUUUCCAGGUGAACAAAUUUCAGUGUACAUGUAUUUUUCUUUUAACAAAGCAAGGUUCAUACCUGUUCCUUUGGUCACAUUUCAAAAAGAAGAACGCUUCAUCAUGUUCACGUUUGCUUACAUGCAAAUUACGGAAUAAAAUUUGCCCUGUGACGCCAUCUCUUCUAUCACUGCUGACAGAAAGGGUGCAUUCCACAUCAUACAUGUAGCUCAACAUUGAAAUUUUUCACACUCUAAUUUGGUAUGAUGGCAGAAUGUAACCACAGAGGUCCCGUUAUUGGGUCACAUUGGUACAUUUUCAUUUGUACUACUUGCCUUGGACUCUAUGUUUCUAUAAUGUUCAUUUGAUUUCAUCACAGAUUUAAUGGGCUGAACUCCAUAAAUGCCAGACUGUAGCUAAAAUGCGAGAAAAACUUAGGACUGCUUUUUACUCAACUAUACAACGCAGACAGUACUACACAAAAUUUAUCCCUUAUUAUAACAACACCCACAGAUUCUGUAACUUGAUUGGCUGAGAGCCAGUUACAUGGCAAUUGCUAUUUUAGCUCCCUUGUACAAGGCCGAAGAACUCUACCCAUAGCAACCAAAGACUAUAUACAUAACCACCAACAUUAUGUGCCAAUGUAUAUUGUUAUACCAAGGUCAUAGAUGGUGAAUUUUUAUCGGUCUUGAAUUGAUCAUGUGAUAUGCUACAAGUACCAUUCACACGUCGAGCGCACUGGCGAUGUUGCCAGGCCACAAAAAAUGAAGGAUAAUGGUGGUCCUUCCCACAGUUGAUGUGUCAUGUCUACUGCGUUGUAAUUGCUUAAUCUUGGGUACGAGGGUGGGUAGCCAUGGUGGUACCACGCUCCAAUUACUGUAGGAGAUGUGCACUGUGUGGGGCGCAUUGAAGUACUCUGUCUGUUCACAAGUGCUACUCGCUUCACUCUGACCAUGACGGAGACCUGUGAGUUAUUAAACUUCUGUUUGUGCACCUGGCUAUGCUCGUGGAACACAAGUAUGCUCUGAUCACUGUUUCUGCUGUGAUCACCAUUGCUGUUUAUAUAAAACUAAAAUGCUCAUGCGGUUAUCUCUUCUUGCCUGCUCUUCAAUCUUGUCAAUAUUGAAAUUCUGCUAGUCGAUAAAAUCUUCAGUGCUUUAUGAAUCCCAGGUUUUUCUAGUAAACCAGUUUGUUCUAAAUCCUAAAUCCCCCCCCCAAAAAAACCCCCAAAACAUAGGUCAACAAAGGACAUCAUAUUCCAUUAUUUUCUUUGUAAUUUAGUAUCUAAUUUGCUGUUCAAGCUUUUCAAUUUGUCAAAGUGUGUUAAUUAUUUUGCAAUAAAAUAUGCACAUAUUACACAUAA